UCUUCAAGUAUAUUGAAUUGUUGGUUCUUACAAAACACGGGUUAUACAAAAAUGAGUGUAGCUGCCAAUCAAAAUAUCGCCACAUUUGAAUGAGCUUCAAAGAUCUGCCAUUCAGACAUCAGUCUGUUGUUAUCUUCGCUGGGAGCUCAUACAUAUUUGUUAUUGAUAAGACUUUGUCCCCAUGUACACUUUGCUUGAGCUGAAGACGUAUGCAAAUCAGAGAUUCGGUCACAUACUACUUAGAGAUCAUAGAGCGCCAAAUAAAAUCGCAUUUUCAAUACGGAAAAUAAAGGCUUUAAUUUGGAAAAAAUCGGCAUAAAAUUUGGUCAUGAGGUAUGCAGUUGAGAUGUGCUGAAUUGAAAAAUAUUUUUUAAACAAAUGGUGGGGUUUAACGCCAAGCUGUGUAUGCAUGACAGAGGAACAGUGGAAAAAAAGAGAGGGGGAGGAACGAACCGUUUAAGAGAUUAAGCGAUAGAAAGAGAUCUUUGGGGGUCGUCAGAAAGGUGAGUAAAAUGAUGGUUUAUAAAUGAGUCAUCUUUUGACAUUUCUUAUAAGCAAGCUGACAUCUCAUUCUCUCUUUAGUCAGAACCAUAUAGGUCUCAGUCCAUCAAGUCUCUCAAUCUGUCAUUUGAUGGUCUCAUUUGACGAUAUACAUCCAGAUGAAGUUCCCGUGGAGAGUUCCACUUCUCUCCCUUUCCCUUUUUUCUCUAUUCUCCUUCGGCCGUGCGCUGAAGUGCGACGCAGAAACGCAGUAUGCGUGGCCGAACAACGCACCUUCGCUAUGCUGCAAAAAGUGUGAACCAGGGGAGCGGAUGGAAAAGCGCUGCACGUCCCCGUCCGCCGAAACGCGGUGCAAGAAAUGCGGGCAGGGGUAUUACUCGGACAGCGCCAACACAGACCAGGGCUGCAAACAGUGCUAUGACUGCAGCAUGAAGUAUAUGGCGUACGUUAAAAACUGCACGGCCACCAGCAACUCCGUGUGCGGGUGUCAACAGGGCUACCGCUGCCACAGCAUGCCGUGCGUGAAUUGUGUGCCGGAACACGCAGCAACAGAAGCAACAGAAAGAAGUUACCUGCCACCAUCUCAGAAUGAAUCAAAUAAUGAAGUGAAGGUUUUACUGACUCUGUGCGUGGUGUGUGUGUGCACAUCUGUGCUGCUCAUCUGCAUCACUUUUGCCUCCCGGCGGCACUUGGCCAAGUGGAAAACCAAAGGUCUGACAGUAUUCUGGUUCUCCAAGGACACGACGGAAGAGGACGCCCAGACCCCGAUCCAGGAGGAGUGCGGAGAGUCUGAAAAGUGUGACCCUUCAGACUGCUAGUGGAAAGUAACGGGGGCUCAGUGGAAGGUGGCAGGAGCAGACGGAUGAGAAACAGGAAGGGUGUGUCACGGCACUGAAGGGCGAAGAAGGGCGAAAAAGAGCUCCAUCGACACUCGAAGGGUAAAGGAAGGAAAUGCUCUUGUGCAGGGGUGUAUUUAUGGAAGCGUGCACACACUACACAAGGAGGCCACACACACACACACACACACACACACUAAGGCAUGACACACAACUAUGCAAAUGCUUACUCUGAGAGCACACUUCUAUGUUGUAGUGACAGCUAACAUUUACGUAGUGACAUUUAUCGUGUAGAUUACAGGUUAGAUAUAUCUGCGAUAUGUGAUUACUACAACAUAUUGUGGAAUUAUUAUAUAAUUAAAACAGUAAUCAGAAUGCAGUUAUCCAGUCCUUUACACAAACUACUGAUUUUGAACAGUCUUGUCGAACCAGAGCCGCUUUCCACAAGCCCGAGGUGCAAGGUAGGAUUCACACUGGACAGGACACCAGCCUCUCACUCUCUCUCUCACACACACCAAGCGAUGAUCUACAGCCAUCAUUCGAUCUUAAAGCUCCAGCUCCGCACAGAGCGAAACGCAGCUGCGUUUCGACGCCCAGCCCGGGAGCCGUGCGGUCGGUGGCAACGUUAAUUGCUUCUCCACCAAGUCGCCCAAGAGACUUAUUAAUUACGAAAAAACAGCAUUGCUUUUGCUUCUGAAGAAACCAGAGA